AUGGCGAGCAAAGACGCGACUCGAGAAAAUCUGACGAAGCAGCCACUAGCGAAGAAAACCGCCUCAUGGAGCCUUGCGCAAGUGCUCAUCUUUACGGUAUUUGGGGCGUUGGCUGCUACGUUGCUAUCCUCAUACCUGCCUACGCAAGCCGCUCCAUCUACCAACGCGGAUGCAUUUGACGUCUCAAAAGUCAAGAUAAUAUCCUUCGACCCGUUGAUCGUGCACAUUACAGACUUCGUGUCCAAAGACGAAAGAGAGCAUUUACUGAAACUCGGGUACAUCACCCCACCCCCGUCCCACGAUCAAAACACACAACUAACACCAUCCCCCAGCACCCCCCUCCUCAGUGCGUCCGUGAUCCGCGACGCCUCGGGAAAAUCCAUCCUCUCCUCCGGCCGCACCUCGUCCACCGCCUUCCUCCCCUCCACGGACCCCACCGUGUCCCGCAUCGCCACGCGCGCCGCAACGUUCCAAGGCUUCCUCACACCCGCGGACGUCGAAGUGCAAAUCACCUCCUACACCGCCGGCCAGGAGUACAAGCACCACUAUGACUGGUACCCCUCCACGCGGCCGCGCAACCGCGUGUCCACGUUCUUCGCCAUCCUCAAAUCCAGCUGCAGCGACUGCGGCACCGAGUUUCCGUUUUUCAACACGAGCGCGAGGGGGGUGUGGGAUCGGCGGUGGUGUGGUGUGCUUGAUUGCGGAAAGGAUAUGCUGACGACGAGGAAUGUCGAGGGGAGUGCGGUCUUUUGGGCGAAUUUGGAUACGCAGCUGCUUGGGAGGAGGGAUAUGUUGCAUGCAGGGUUGCCGGCGAUGGGCGGGGAGAAGGUCGGGUUGAAUGUUUGGACGGAUGUAAGUCUGGAUGAAGUCUAUGGGAGGGGCAUGUUUGGGGGGUGGAGUAGGGAGUGGUAUAGGCAGAUGGAGAUGGAGGAAAGGGAGACGGAGGGGAAGAGGAAGGGGGAGUAG